CCGCGCGGUCGAUUCUCCGCAGCAGCAGCACCAGCACCAGCAGCACCAGCAGCCCUCGUGCGGGGAAACGGGAGCUGCGGCAGCGGCGCUCCCGCCGGAGACUCUCACUUUUUUCUUCAUCACUGACAGCAUCACCGGGGGGAGGGGAAACAUUGUAACGAAACAUAAGAGAGAAUACCGCAGCUCUGAUAUCUGUCGGCAUGGCUUCCUCCGCCAACGGAGCGGAGGAAGUCCGCGGCUCGGUGCUCACGCCCCUGAAGUUGGUGGGCUUGGUGUGCAUCUUCCUCGCGCUAUGCCUGGUGGUCGGGGCCGUGCUCAGUCCCGCGUGGGUCACCGCCGACAACCAGUACUACCUGUCCCUCUGGGAGUCGUGCUGGAAAGCGGCGGCCUCGGACGGCUGGCAGUGCGGCAGCACGCUGGAGACAGACUGGCAGAUUGCCACUCUGGCCUUGUUGCUGGGCGGAGCUGGCCUCAUUCUGCUCUCCUUCCUGGUGGGUCUCGUGUCUGUGUGUGUCGGCUCUAGGAGACGCUUCUACAGACCUGUCGCCGUGAUGCUGUUUGCUGCAGUUGUGCUCCAGGUGUGCAGUCUAGUGCUCUACCCCAUCAAGUUCAUCGAGACCAUCAGCUUAAGGAUAUACCACGAGUUCAACUGGGGCUACGGUCUGGCCUGGGGAUCCACCAUCUUUUCCUUCGGUGGGGCCAUCCUCUACUGCUUGAAUCCCAAGAACUACGAAGACUACUACUAAUACAAGAAGACUUGCAAAAGAGCCCCGCGGCGCACACUGAUUCUUCCCUACUCGCCACUAUGAUACUCCAUUCACUGAGCUUUCCCUGCAGAACUGAAAGUAGCCUUGCGCACUUGCCCAUUCCUACAGAACUGACGACGGCGUCACACGGCUGCACAGCUGAUGAAACUGACCGUCUUAACUCACCUCGUCUCCGGAACACAGGUUGUGCCGAUUAUCACAGAAGAACAGUUAAAGGAAAUAAUCUGUCGGUUUCUCUUCUCUUUCUCUUGUUACAAAAGAUUUUUAGAGCUAACCACCAACAGCAGAGAUAGGAGUUAAACUAGUUUAUGAUAUAACAGUGUUAGAUACAAUGCGUGAAGUUACCUAACGUACCAGAGUAGGACCUUGAUGAAUUUUAGUGGAUUCCAAAAUUACUCUUUACCUUUCUAUGUCAUGAUGAAUUAUUCUUGUCACCAACAAUAUUAAUAGCAAAAGCACAUGGCAUUUUUGUCAUCGUUUGUUCGAACGCGUGCUGGCCAUUGACACCCGCUGUAGUGCAGUUUGUUUUAACGUUGUUUGGUGCUCAGCCAGAUGAAAAUUGUCACCUGUUGGUUGUAAGAAACCACCGUCUGAGACUCGGAGGACCCACGGAGCCCUGCUUUGUGACUCGCAAGGCAACGGAAGCCUACGCCUAGAUGUAACGCUGUGCAGAGGCAGACAUAGCGGUGGAACCCCGUGUUGGAGUCCUCAGAAUUGAUGGAACCCUUUGGUGAAACACACAAGUCAGUGGAGCCCUUUACUAAGACAUGUCUGUAGAACGAUAUGGGGAAGUUACCCUUAUUAUGGGACUUGCGGCGAGACAAUGGAGCCCUGCAGUCAGUUGGACAUGACAGAUGAAUACUUGUGCCGAUCAUGCUUGGUACUUGAAACAGUGCGAAGGUGUGCAUGCUGGACUUCCUUCACAAACCGCACAUCAGUAAAACGUAGACUCAUACCGAGCAGCAGAAGCGCACUACAGUAGAUGUCGUCUUGUCUGUCUUCUUUCAUUGGUCAGUGGAUGUACGUAGGGCAUGAGGAGACUGACCUGGUGCUCACAUAUGGUAUCGGGGUUGGGGGCACGCAGCGAUCCGUUAUCAGAAAGUUGCAGCAUUUCACCUGAAAGGAAUCCAGUGUGAUUUUUAACUCGAUACUUUUUCUGUUGGUCAGGCUGUUUCUCUCAUUUAGUUGAUCUGAUUAGAGUUUAUUUAAGGGGAAUGCUUCUAGUCUUUUAGGCCCCUGCUCUAACAAGGCCAUGACUGUCCGUGAGCGUGUGUGCAUGCGUGUGUGUGAGCUAGACAAACGCAGCAUUCAGUCAGUUGUAGCUCAACUGAUUGCACAGUGCUCAUGAACCUGUAUAACAUGACUUUACUUACCUUGGAUAGGCCAAGAUUGUUUUUGUGUAUUAGAACAAUUAGAAGAACCUUGAGUGUAUUUUUGAACUUCAUCCCUGCACUGUGUCAGUAGUGUAGUGGUGCUUUUACUACAUUACUAUAAGCGUUGUAUUUUUAGACGUCUAUGUUCAGGAUGCUUUUCCAAGCUGAAAAUGUGUAUAGAUAUUUUGUCCAAUUGGCACUAAAAGCACUCAUGGAAGAAUUUACACCAAAAGCGUUUUACUUAGACUAAGAUGACACAGCAGAGAUGGACACACAAGCACUGCACUGGACUUUUGCUUCAAAAUGGACUGGAAACACUUGGAAUCAAAAGUCAAUCAUCUGGACAGAUUGUGAAGAUAAUAAACAUUUGUACUGACAAACUGAAGGGCCAGUGCAGCCCUGGAAGAGCGAGACAUUUAGAAACACGUGCAGCAGAAGGUCCGUGACAGCUUGUCCUCCGUUACUCAGACAGCUGGUUCAUGUAACUCAUACCCUGUGCUGAAGGUAACCUGUGUGCGUCCAAAGUUGUUUGUCGUCUGUCAGUCCGAAACACCACCUUAGCAUGUCUUAGUUCUUCACUGGCAGACAAACUUACUCUGUAAGGUUUAAUGAUUUGCAUCUGCGGACACUACUGGCAAGAACGAACCGAGAAAACGGCACCUCCGACUCCCCGGGCUCUUCUGUGCAGGAACCACAUCCCAUGAGUUGUUUGUGCUUUCAUCUGAUCACAGAAAGGCUUUCAAAGCUUAGUUAAAAUGUAGAGAAUUCUGGCCUGGUGGUUUAGGAAAGCCCUAGAAAAUAGACUAGUUUUUGUUCUUUGACAAAUUACAUUUACAAUAGUUUUUUUUGGCUUAAUUUCACUAUGAAUGUGGGGAGAUGAGACACGUGUUUGUGUGUUGUGUGGAGGCUUUCCUCGGAGACUUACUAAAUUAAAAAGAGAAGCGAAUGCCCCGGUUUUCUGUAUAAUUACAUAGCUUUGCCCUAGGGAGCGAAAAGAGGGAGCAGGAGGAGGGUGAGAGUGGAGAACUCACACUGUUGGAUAUCCACGCUGUAAAUUAGCUGUACUGUGGUACAGAUAUGCCUGCGUGUGUCUGAUGCUCACCUGUUUAUACACUAAUACAAUAAACUGUAAAGAGCAAUGUGGGUGUAUACCGUUAUUUCGGAUCGCAGUGGCUGAUGCUCUGUCCCUACCCAUCCAUUCUGAACCGCAUCAAUAGGAACCUGCAGUUUUUGGUUUUUUUUUUUUUUUUUCCCCCCCCUACAGGCCACAUUCUUAGGGCAUCUCCAUCUAAAGAGAAGUGUAUUCAAGAAUUUAACAUGCCAUAUGUAAUAUG